CACACACACACACACACACACACACCCAGAGAAAAACAACCCGACACUGCUUCUGCUCGACUGUCUAGCGCAGGAACACAGGCGGUGUGGGAACUUCAGCCCUGCUAAUUUAAGCCAUGACAGAGACGCAUUUUCAAAGGUGAACAGUCUGUGAAAGCGCGAUAGCCCCGCGGGUCCCUCCGACACCGAGCAGCUUCACACCGACGGCUGCCUGGUUCGUUUCGGCACACGGGUGUCAAAGUCUCGGAGUGGUCGGUUUUGAACUGCACAGGGACUCCAAGAGCCACCAUACAGUCAGUAUCAGGUGACAUGCAGCCAGUUGCCCGCAUAGUGGCAGUAUUACAGCACAACUUGAGCCUAAAAACAAGAAGCCAGGGAUAAGCUGGAUCAAGCUAGCUGCGAAGAGCUGCAUGCGGAACGGAAGCUGAGCUUAUUUCGUUUUUGAAAACAAAAUACAGCUGAAACCAGUCAAAAUGUGAACCACUUUCCCUGCACAUAACAUAACCCACGUUGUUUGUUCUACGUUAUUGUGUGACAUAUACAAAUGCAAAUAUUAGUAUAAUCGUUGUGGACAAGAUUAAGUGAUAUGAUGCGGUUGUAGCUACCUUUAUUAUGUAGAAACCGUGUUAAAGAACAUAGAUUUUAUUGGAGAUUGAAAAAAAAAUGUCAUUGUAUUAAUGUUUUCUGAUGUUCUGAAGAAGUACAGCUGUCAGGAUCAGUAUGUUGCUGAGAUAUAGCAUGCUAUUUUGUAACUUAAGAAUUUGCCUGGAUUAAUGUAAGGUAUGUACACAGUUUAUGUGACAUCAGUAUUUCGAGCAAAUCUGUCAAAUACAGGGCAGCAUGCCAAAUCUGGCCCACCAUAAAGUUCAGUUUGGACUCAGUUGAAGGAAUUUGCAGUCCUAGUAACCUUUUGCAUCUUCGCAAUACAAUACAAUAGGCUCUUUGUUUCUUUUGGCCCACUGUUAAGUGUCAGUCUUGGUCCUCCAGGGGGGAAAGCUUGCACAUUUGGGAUUUCUCUUAGCAGCAAAUGUUUUAUUUUGAAAGAUCCCUCCGGAACUUCCAAGUUCCGCCUGGCGCGCUUCACUCUCACAGAGAAAAAGAGAAAGCAAAUGGAUCAGGCGGUAGAAAUGGAGAGCAAAUGGACUGGGAGGGUGAGCGAAAAUGUUGAACAGACAUGGCGUGGCAGCGCAACAAAUUAAGGGUAUCUCAGUUGACCAGAAGGACCUCUCCGGAAAACAAAGUCGAGACUGAGGAGUCGAGCUAACUGUCUGGAGGAUUUUCAUCUCGCUUUGCAUUGCUCUUGCCUCGUACUCAGCGCGCACACACAACGUUUGUGUUUGGCAUUAUCUGCAGAGAGAAGUCUGUGGCUAACAACCCAGUCUGACAGGAUAAAAGGUAGCUCAGUAUGAGUCGAGAUGGGUGGAUGAAGAAGAAAGCCAAUUCCGGUGGUGACAAUGGUUGGGCUGAGAGGGGCGGCUACAUGGCUGCCAAAGUGUCUAAGCUGGAUGAGCAGUUUAAACUCGAUGCCCCCAGAGAGAAACAGAAGGAUGGUUCAUGCUCCAGCAUUUUCAGUGGAGUGUCCAUCUACGUCAAUGGAUACACAGAGCCCAGCGCAGAUGAGCUACGCAGGCUGAUGAUGCUGCAUGGUGGUCAGUUCCACGUCUACUACUCUCGCUCCAAGACCACCCACAUCAUCGCCACUAACUUACCCAACAGCAAAAUUAAGGAGCUCAAAGGGGAGAAGGUCAUCAGGCCAGAGUGGAUCACUGACAGUAUCAAGGCUGGACGUCUCCUGCCUUACCUGCAGUACCAGCUGUAUGCUAAAUACAAAGGCCCACUCUUCCCGGGCAUGACUCUGCGUCAGACCUCAGAGAUCGCAGGACCCAGCCAGGCAAGCGUCCAUCAUAAGCUUCAUCUGCCACCGCGCAGCCUUCAGCACUCUGUCCUCAACCAUGAGCAGUCUUCAUCAUCCAGCUGUCAGAAUAACUCCGUCCCUCCCCCCGGCAAAAGUCGACUUCACCAAGGCAACAUCCAACCUCAGUCCAACCAGCACAACUCUGCAGCCCACUCCUUUAGCCCUCAACCAAGUUUCUCAGAUCCUAGGCACGGCGAUCCUUUACACACCUUCCCCUACCCCACAAAACACCUGCACAAACCUCCACAGUCUACUCUUCAAACACCUCAUCCCAGUGUCCAGCACCAGAGAGCCGGCCAACCACAACCUCAGAUCAGCUCUUCUUGCAGCAGUGCCCAGGUCAGCUGCAAGAAAGCUGAAUCAAAAAUAAACGGAUUAAUGCAGACCUCACUGGCCGUGAUGAGCCAUUCAAAACUGAAUGAAAUGCAAGAGUGUGGCAAAGAUCCUCUCUCACAGGUGGUGAAUGAAGCACCCCUGACCAACGGACACGCUCACCUUGUUAAUGGUGCCUUAAAGCCAGAGGACCUGUCCCCUGUUACAGACCGAUCCUCUGUUGACAAGGAGCUGCCUGAAAGCAGAUUCAAGAUUUCAGAAGACAAACCUCAGAAUCCUCACACCAAACAUGACCCGUACGAGUUUCCCCACAGUCCUCCAAAGCAAUCCGACCAUUUUCCCGUCUUUCCGGAGCAUUCCAGCUCACAAGGAGCCAGUGGGCAGAGACCUCCACCUCCUACCUACCAGGAGGCAAUGAAAGCCACCGAAAACCACCUAAAACCGCUCCAGCCAUCCUGUCACGUCAAUUCAGAUCCUGAAAAGUCUCCUUUUUCACCCACCUCUCGCGCUCUUUCACAUGCUCCCGUUCGGCUCAACGGAAGUCACCACAAUGCCUUUUCAUUUGACUCAUCCUCACUCAACACUAGCGAUGUAACAACCAAACCUGACCCUCCCACUGAGAAGUCAUCACCAUCUAAGUCUUCAGCUCAACUGCUGGCACAGACAGGCGGUUUGAUCUCCGAGUUUUACUCUCACUCGCGGUUACACCAGAUCUCCACAUGGAGGUCUGGCUUUUCUGAGUAUGUCAAUGAACUACAUAGCAAGCGGAAAGCAGCGGGGGCAAACUCCUUCUCUGGAAAAGAGCGACUGAGGAAAUCUGUGGCCCAGCACUCUACAUACAGGCAAGGUAUGUCAGCAAGUAUUAAAUCCUGUAUUCUUCAUGUGGACAUGGACUGCUUCUUUGUGUCUGUGGGUAUUCGACAUCGACCAGACCUGAAAGGGAAGCCUGUAGCUGUGACCAGUAACCGUGGAGAGGGCAGAGUUCCUCGGAGAGCUGGAGCCAACCCUCAGCUGGAGCAACAGUAUUACCAGAGGAAAUAUGCUAAACCUCAACCUGAAAGGGCAGAAGAGGAUCUAUACAGAACUCCUUCACAAGAGAGUCCUGAAUCCCAUACCAACGGAGUGGACCAGGAUGCUGCUGCUGCUCUUUCAAUGGCAGAGAUUGCAUCCUGCAGUUAUGAGGCGAGACAGGCAGGCGUGAGAAACGGGAUGUUUUUUGGCAGAGCAAAACAGCUGUGUCCAGCACUGCAGUCUGUCCCCUAUGACUUUGAGGCCUAUAAAGAGGUGGCUCUCACCAUGUAUGAGACUCUUGCAAGUUACACCCAUGACAUCGAGGCACUGAGUUGUGAUGAAGUGUUGAUAGACGCUUCUGCUCUGAUUGGCGAGUUGGGUGUCAGCCCAGCAGAUCUGGCCGGAGCAAUCAGAGCAGACAUCAAGGAAAAGACGGGAUGCUGCGCUUCAGUGGGCAUGGGCUCCAACAUCCUGUUGGCUCGGCUGGCGACCCGUAAGGCCAAACCAGACGGACAGUACUUCUUGAAGUCUGAAGAAGUAGACGAUUUCAUCAGGGACCUGCCAGUGACCAGCCUGCCAGGUGUUGGGCCUGUUAUGGGCAGAAAGCUAGCUGCUAUGGGUGUGAGGUCAUGUGGGGACCUCCAACAGGUGUCUCUGUCUCAGCUGCAAAAGAAGUUUGGACCCCGGACCGGACAGACCCUGUUCCGCUUCUGCAGGGGACUCGAUGACCGGCCUGUCCGCUACGAGAAGGAAAGGAAGUCUGUCUCAGCUGAGAUGAACUACAACAUCCGCUUCACAAGGGUCGAUGAGGCAGAGUGUUUCCUCACUAACUUGUCCAUGGAGGUGCAGAAACGUUUACAGGAGGCAGGACUGCGGGGUCGCAGAGUUACCCUAAAGGUGAUGGUUCGCAAGAUUGGAGCUCCACUGGAGCCAGCUAAAUAUGGCGGUCAUGGGAUAUGUGAUAACCUAGCCAGGACUGUGAUGCUCGCUGAAUCCACUGACAGUGGUCAGCUGAUUGCCACUGCCGUCAUCAAGCUGUUCCAUGCCAUGAAAUUGCAAGUUCAGGACCUGAGAGGCAUCGGCAUUCAGGUUCAGCUCCUCGAAGGAAAUCAGUCCAGCCACAAGGACACCACAGGCACCCGGACGCGCUCCAUCAAGGAGAUGUUGGUGGAUCAGAGAUCAAGUGCGAGAUCAAGCAACAAAGAUACUGCUGUCAACAACACGUAUCAAGAGACGACUUCCUCAAUGAUCGCUCCAUCGUCUGGCCCCUCUCCACAUCCUCUGUCCCCUCCUGAGCCAGUGCCAGGGACAAGCAGAGACCAGCAGGCCUGCAGACAAACUCCCAAACACUCUCGAGCACGUCUUAACUUGAGUAUUGAGGUUCCCUCCCCCUCGCAGGUGGAUCGGUCUGUGUUGGAGGCCUUGCCUGCAGAUCUGAGAGAACAAGUGGAGCAGUCGUGGAUGAAUCAAAAUGGGAAACCAAACAACCAUCGGUCGCCCAGUCCACAACCCGCCGCUCUGAAGUCUCGUCCAACCUCCCCACCUCGUCCUCCUACCUCUGCUCCUGCAUUGUACACUCCACCUGUUGGCACGUUGGUUCUGCAGAUCCCAAACCAGCCCGACAGCCCAGGGAUUGUACUGGAGCUACCAAACUUCUCACAGGUUGAUCCAGACGUGUUUGCUGCCCUUCCCAAAGAGCUCCAGGAGGAACUGAAGUCUGCCUACAACCGCGUAACGAAUGUCCAGCCCCAGGCAAAAAUGUCAGUGGAGCAUAAGAAUCCUCUGUUGCAGCUAAAACAGUCAGGAGUCGGAAUUGGCGUUGGUCGGGUAAAGAGGCGGUACAAGAGAAAAAAUGCAGUGAGCCCUGUUAAAAAAGGUCCUUCCCCUGUGAAGAGGCAUCUGAUGAUGGCCAGCCCUGCCAAAACCCUACCACCUCCUAUGAAAUCCAGGGAACCAAUGAAUGUAGUAAAGACUGAAUAUGGACCCUCCACAUCAACCUCAAAACCGGACGUCCCAGAGUCCAAAUCCAUUCCUCGCACGGCUCCAGCGCUGGCUGGCGCCUACGACCUGACGGACAUUAAAACACUCCUACGGGAGUGGGUCACCACCAUGACAGACCCCAUGGAGGAGGACAUCCUGCAGGUGGUGAAAUACUGCACUGAAUUGAUUGACGAUAAAGAUCUGGAGAAGUUGGAUUUGAUUAUAAAAUAUAUGAAAAGACUCAUGCAGCAGUCGGUGGAGUCUGUUUGGAGCAUGGCGUUUGACUUCAUCCUAGACAACGUGCAGGUGGUUGUGCAGCAGGCGUAUGGUAGCACCCUGAAGAUAACAUGAAGACAGAGGGGUACUGUUUACCCGGUGUGUCACACCGCCGCUUUUUGCUUUGCUACUUUCACAAAAUUGUGACAGCUAAAUGAUGCUUCUCCUCCUUCUCAACUGUGACCACACUGCAGCAUCUGCCAGAAUAUUCUCAGUGAUCUCCUGAGACACAAAUUAAUGACUUCUCACACCUCUCACAGUACAUUAUUUUCCGUACUUGCUCUUUAAAGGUCAAGUAACACUUAACUUAAAUGCAGGAAAUGUUUAGAAUCUACUCGCCGAAAAAACCCUGAUGGGUGAUAAUCGUAGCAGCUUUUUGGAAAAUUCAGCGUUUUUCAUAUGGAGUUCUUUUCUAAAUAAUUCUAAGACUCGUUUUCAAAUGUCCGUGAAAUUUUAUAUAAAGAUUUUUGCAGGCAGUGCUUAGCUUUUUCUUAUACGUCCAGUUAAGACGCCCAGCCUUUUAAGAUUUAAAGUUUCCCUCCUGGUGAGCGUUUACCAUCUGAUAAAGCAGUUGGAGUCCCGUACGUGUUCCUAAGGUUUGAAUAAUGUUACAGGCACAUUUUAAAGUUUAUUUUUUUCAUGUAUGCAGUUAAAUCAGUCUAGGUUUUAACAAAUGGCAGUGGUGAACACAAUCAUGUUCAGACUGACUUUAAAAUCAGUUAGUGUUGUAGCACUCCUCAGACAUCAGCCUUUGUAUGAAUAAAAGCGUACGCUUCAUCACUGUCUCUUUGGUGCUCCAUUCCACCUGUGAAAUUUCUAGAAACUGCUUUGUCACAAAAAAGCAAAACAAAACAUACUCUGCUGCAUACAGUAGUAUCUUUUUUUCUUGUCUCUCGCAAAAAAGUGCCAAACCCUGUUAUUAAAGUGUGUAAAUAAUGUUUUUAAAGACACUUGUUCAAAGUUCCAAGAAAAGAUGAAAGCGGAGGGUUAACCUCUCGUAUUGUUUACACGUAGUGAAUUCUUAGUAACUGUCUCUAAAUUGUAAAUUUUCUCACUCUUUUAAUUGUUUGUAAGUGUUCAAAUGUGGAAAUCAGAAGCUGGCCAAAGCACUUCGUAUGAGGUUUACUGUUGAUUCUCAGUAGCACUUGUUGGAACAAUGUUGGAGGGGGUUAUGGUGAUCAAUUAGUAGCCUAUGCAUAUCUAUUUUUCACUAACAAGAUGUCCUUCAAUAUGAUGUAACAUGACAUAUGAUGUCAUACAGUCUUUGUAUCUGGAGUAAAUCUUGGUUUUCUACUGUGUUUCCAGCUAGUUUUACAAAUCUGAUUGUUGAAAUGAAGCGGUCAGAGCCCAUCGGCCAUCAUCUGAUGAUGAUUUAGCCCCUAACGGCAACAGCCUGUGUUUUGUGGCUUCAGGUGUAGCCAGCGGAUAUCUGGAUAACAGAUUACUGAGCCAAUACUUCUUCUAUCAUGCAGUGUACGAAAUAUGUUGUUGAAAGAUGACUAAUCUAUAAACGGGUAUCUGCAUGAAUGAUUACGGCUGUUAAAAAGCUAAAUCAAAUUUAGAAGACAGUUGAUGGGCUCUGAGAUUGCAUUUUGGCCAUUGAGUUCCACCUCUUUUGCUCACCACACAAACUGUUUACCUGCAUGCAACUAAAGCUCACCCAAACAUGACUGGUCAAUAAUAAUUGGACCACAAACAGAAGCCAGAAAGCUUUAGAUAGGAAAAUGUCCUAGAAACCGAUACCUGCAUUCACAUUCAGAUAUCUGUUUAUAGAGAUUGCCUGAUUUUUUUUUCAGUUUACGUUGGAGACUUUAGUACGGCUCGUGGCUACAUCAUUGUAUUUCUGUGAGGUUAACCAUUAUGAUUGGUGAUUCGACGUACUUGGCAGACACAUCUGGCUGGCUAGCUUGUGCUCCAUGCAGGACAUUGUGUGUGUGUGUGUGUAUGUGUGUGUGUGUGUGUGGUUGAAAACUUUGUUUAAAACAGUUUCUAUAUGCAAACCAAAUCAAUCUGUCCUUUUUUAACUUGUCGAAAUGAAUGUAAUUCAGAAUGUGCAAGUCUCCACUCAUUUUGAAGAUGUUUGCUUCUCUCUCCACCUGUCAUAUCUUGCCAGAAGUUAAAAAUUGGCCAGUCUUGACUUCUCUUAACUGGCUUGUGCCUGAAGACCUGAAGCUGUGAACUUGUUUGUAAGUUUUCUAAAACUUGUUAAUAAACUGUAAACUCUGUAUUAACUUA